AAAGCUAAACUAUACAACCUUAUGGUUUCCCUCUGAAAUCACUUUCUUCACUAUUGCAUUUGGAAAGCCGUAAUUUCCUCGAUUCUUGGAUUCAAAACUGCUGAUACCUUUACCAUUUUAUCUAAUUGAUCCUUUGGCAUUGCGUUUACUGUGCCUUAUUCAUGUUCAAUAACGGCAACAUAUCAAUCUCGAUCUCCGAUGAGGACUCGGACGACCUCGGCCGGAUGCGGGUCCGAGGUCGCAGGAAGCGCAAGAAAAACAACUUACGAGCCAAAAGCGAGUUCAGUCGCCGACUUUUUAGAUUUUUUUUGAGGUACCGGACCCUAUUGAUCUUUGUUUUCGUUGCUGGAUUACUGCUUUUUGAAGCCACUAGAAUUGGGAGGAAACCCGGUUUGGUUGUUAACUCAAAAGACAGUCACGUUGAAGUGAAGAAAUCGAGUUCGGGGGAACAUUUAACUCGGAUUGAACCGCCGAAGAGAGAUGUUCGUGGUGGCAGAGAUCGUUGCUUGAAGCUGUUACCUCCUGAUCAACUUGAGCACCUGGAUCCUCCUGUGAAUGAAGAUUCAACAAGUCAUGUAAAGAAAGUGGUUUACUUUUCAGAAACUGUUAUAACUGAUGGAGGAGGAAACAAUACCUUUUCCCAACAUCAAAGUGAAGGCACAAGAUUUAAUUUAUUUACAGGAAACCAGACGUUUGAUCAGAGAGAGAAAAGUUUCAAGGUGAAUAAAAUUGCUGAGGUACAUUGUGGUUUUUACAGUGAAAAUGGAGGAUUUAGAGUAUCAGAUGAGGACAAAAGGUACAUGCAAAUUUGCAAAGUUGUGGUGUCUACUUGUGCAUUUGGGGGAGGUGAUGCUCUUCAUCAACCGAUAGGAAUGUCAGAGGCAUCACUUAAGAAGGUGUGCUAUGUUGCAUUUUGGGAUGAAAUUACCCUGGCAGCUCAGGAAUCAGAGGGGCAUAAAAUUGGUGAUGAUGGAUUUAUUGGGAAAUGGCGCAUUGUGGUUGUGAGGGAACUUCCAUUUACAGACCAGAGGUUGAAUGGUAAAAUUCCAAAGAUGUUGGCACAUCGUCUCUUCCCUAAUUCAAAGUACUCAAUUUGGGUUGACUCAAAGUCACAAUUUAGGAAGGAUCCUUUGGGGGUGCUGGAAGCCCUUCUUUGGCGUUCAAAUUCUGUGCUUGCAAUUUCACAGCAUGGAGCUCGCAGUAGUGUGUAUGAUGAGGCUAAGGCAGUUGUCAGUAAACACAAAGCCACCCCAGAAGAAGUUGAAGUGCAGUUGGCUCAGUAUCGCCGUGAUGGCCUCCCUGAGGACAAGAGGUUUAAUGGAAAGAAAGCUCUAUCUGAAGCAUCAGUAAUUGUGCGGGAGCAUACAGCAUUAACUAAUCUGUUUAUGUGCAUCUGGUUCAAUGAGGUGGUUCGAUUCACUUCUCGGGAUCAGCUAAGCUUCCCAUAUGUUCUAUGGCGGUUGAAUAUGUCUGAGAACAUUAACAUGUUCCCUGUUUGCAUCCGCAAGGACCUCGUUAAUGCCAUGGGUCACAUACGUAAGGCAAAGCCUUCACAUGGUAGAAUGUCCAUGUUCUAACGUUAACAAAUCUCAUUUCACCAAUUGUUGUAAUAGAGGGGCCGAGCGGAGAAUAUAUGUUGUAAUUAUUCUCAAUUCUUUUGUAGAUGUAGAAUUUUCUGAAUGUUAUUUAUUGGCAGUAGCACUGUCCUCACUCAUUCUUUUGGUUAAAAGUAGUUAAAAUAAAUUGUGUAUUGAUUUUUUACUAUAGAAUUAUAUUCAUUUGGAA